AUGUACCAGUAUGCGCUCGAGUGGUUCAUCCAGCUCUUCGUCUACUCGAUUGCGCGCGCCGAGAAGAGCGCCGACUUGGCCAAGCGGCUCGUGAACCUCAACGAGCAGUUCACGUACACCUUGUACGUUAACGUGUGCCGGUCGCUCUUUGAGAAAGACAAGCUUCUUUUCGCCUUCCUGCUCACCGUCAAGAUCCUCACGGGCAACAAGACGAUAAUGCCUGGCGACCUCCGCAAGCCGAAUCCGUGCCCCCACUGGAUGAGCAUGAAGACGUGGGCCGACGUCGUCGGGCUUGAGAACCUGCCGGCGUUCCCCAACUUUGGCGACACCUUUGUGUCCGAGCUGGCUCUCUGGGCCGCGUGCUACAACUCGCAGGACCCGGCAGUCGACAUGGUGCAGAUCCCGUCCAUGGCCUCGUACGACUCGUUCCAGCGCCUUGUCGUGCUGCGCUGCUUCCGACCCGACAAGGUCGUGCCAAGCGUGAUGCUGUUUGUCGCCGCACAAAUGGGCCAGCGGUUCAUCGAGCCGCAGCCGUUCGACUUGAAAGCCGGUUACGACGACUCGACGUGCGCGACGCCACUCAUCUUUGUGCUUACGCCCGGUGCGGAUCCGAUGUCGGAGCUUCUCAAGCUCGCAGCCGAGAUGGGCUUUACGAAAAAGUUUGUGGCCAUUUCACUUGGGCAGGGUCAGGGACCCCUUGCGGAAAAUGCGAUCGCGGAAGCGAUCGACAAUGGCAACUGGGUCUGCCUCCAAAACUGCCAUCUCAGCGUGAGCUGGCUCCCGACGCUCGAGCGGCUCUGUGAAGAGAUUACGCCGGACCGCGUCCACGCGUCGUUCCGUUUAUGGCUCACGUCCGAGCCGUCGCGGCAGUUCCCGCCCUUUAUUUUGCAAAACGGCGUCAAAAUGACAAACGAACCACCCAAGGGCAUGCGUGCCAACUUGAAGGGGAGCUACCUCACGUUCACGGACGAUUGGCUCAGCUCGUGUUCGCGGCCCGCAGAAUUCAAGAAGCUGCUCUUUGGCUUGUGCUUCUUCCACGCGACUGUGCGCGAGCGCACCAAAUUUGGGCCGCUCGGCUGGAACAUCAAGUAUGUCUUUUCAGGAUCGGACCUCAACAUUUCCAAGGACCAGCUUAAAAUUUGCCUCGACGACCUCAAUGGAAGCGACGCGAUUCCGUACGCGGCGCUUGGGUACCUCGCCGGCGAGUGCAACUAUGGCGGUCGCGUCACGGACGACAAGGAUCGACGCUGCAUUGUCAAUACGCUCUCGGACUUUUACACGCCGCUGAUCCAGGACGACACGUACAAGUUUAGCCCGUCCGGGCUCUACUUUGCACCGAGAAAUGGCCCGCUGCAAACGUAUCUGGACUACAUUGACCAGCUCCCGAUGAACGAAGGCCCCGAGAUCUUUGGCCUGCACGACAAUGCCAACAUUUCGUGUGCGAUCGCCGAGACCAAUCUGCUGUUGGAGUCGGCGUUGUCCCUGCAGCCGCGAAGCAGCGGUGGCGGCGGCAAGUCCUGGGAUCAGUCGCUCGCCGAAGUCGCAGCCGACAUUGGCAGUCGCAUUCCACCCAUCUUUGAUAUCGAAAAGGCCGAUCUCGACUUCCCCGUGUGCUACGAAGAGAGCAUGAACACGGUCUUGACGCAAGAGCUCAUUCGCUUCAACAAGCUCAUCGCGAUCAUCUCCCGGAGUCUCAGGGAAAUCCAGCGCGCGCUGAAAGGUCUUGUCGUACUCUCGGCCGAGCUCGAAGCCAUGGGCAACUCGAUGGUCAAUGGCCAAGUGCCCAGUAUGUGGGCGAGCGUCGCGUACCCGUCGCUCAAGCCGCUUGGCAGCUGGGUCACCGACUUCCUGGCUCGACUUUCGUUUCUCCAAGCGUGGAUUGAUGCGAAGCAGUCGCCGACGAUCUACUGGGUCUCGGGUUUCUUCUUCACACAAGCGUUUAUUACGGGUACCCUCCAAAAUUACGCGCGAAAGCACCAGCAGCCCAUCGACCAGGUGGGGUACGAUAUGCAAGUGCUGACGCUGGCAGCCUCGGACGCCAUUUCGUCGAAAGCCGAAGAUGGCGCCUAUAUCAACGGUCUCUUCAUGGAAGGCGCGCGCUGGGACAACGGCAUCAUGGCGAUCGCCGAGUCGCGACACCGCGAGCUGCACGUUGCGAUGCCCGUCAUCCUGCUCUUGCCCAAGCGCCGCGACGCGAUCGAGCCUGUCAAGGACAGCGACCCGAAAGGCACCGCCCACGUGUACAUGUGUCCGGUCUACAAGACGAGUUUGCGCCAAGGCACGCUCUCGACGACGGGGCACUCGACCAACUUUGUCAUGUUCCUGCGCAUCCCGAUGGCGCCAGAGCACAACCAAAAGCAUUGGAUCCGACGGGGUGUCGCCAUGUUGACGCAGCUCGACAUUUAG